UGACAAAGAGCUCUCAUGUGUUUCUGACAGCGACGUUUGUUGUCAGCUGAGCUUUUAAAGGUAAAACAGUCCCAUUCAGAGGUUGCCGGGUUUGCGCGGCCUGCUGCGCCAUAAUGCUCUAAACAAGUCCUCCAGUCACUGCUAAACACUGAGUGUCGUUUUCAAUAUUAGCGGAUCUACUUCAGGGAAGUUUAUAAUUAGACACGUGUUUUCUCCGCUUUUUGUCAGUUGGAGAUCCACUGAUCCAUCUGUAAUUUGUUUUACAGCAAUGAAGGCCCUACAAAGAGGGAUAAGGAGUUCUCGAGAGCUCUCUUUCAGCCUUUAGAAUUGGUCAGGGCGACCCGCCGGGAAGCAUGAAGGCCGUGAAGUAUUUAAUCCAGGAGAUGUGCCCAUAAAGCUACCACACAGCAGAUUAGAGCAGGCAGGCAGGUAGUUAUCAGACGUCUGUCUUCCUCUGUAGGAACUUUGUCCAUCACCCCUGCAUAGUUUAUAUAGUUUAUUUUCCCUGACAGGAAAAAAAUCGUUUUAAAGUAUGGAGGACCUACUCUUUGACUUCGACCAGGAUGGCACGGCAGACUUUGCAUUUUGGGGGCAGAUGGACCAGAACUUCCCGUUUCAGAGCCAACUGGACACCUUCCUGCUGGACUGCACAGCAGCCACUGGCCAGCUCUCACCCUGGUCCUCGUUCGGCUGUCAGUCCGUGUUCCCGGACGCACAGCUGACCUUCACCGAUCUCGACCUUCAGUCUCCAGGCCCUGGCGUCUGUCCUGAGGGAGAGAGCUCCCCCACCGAAGAGUCUCUGGAUGUGACCAAGCUCAGCGCGCGGACGUUAGCGCCUCAUCAGCCAUACAAGGUGCAGAGGCAUGCCGCCAACAUCCGGGAGAGAAAGAGGAUGCUCAGCAUCAAUUCUGCCUUCGAGGAGCUUCGCUGCCACGUGCCGACGUUUCCCUACGAAAAGCGGCUGUCGAAGAUUGACACCCUGAGGCUGGCCAUAGCUUACAUCGCCCUGCUGAGAGAGAUCCUGAUGUCCGGCUGCGACCCCAAAUCGUAUGUGGACGAGUGCAUGAAGAGCGGCUACAAGAAUCAAACCAACGCCAUCUGGAACACAAGCGACCUGACAGCCCGCCUCUCUUGGAUAAAGUGGGAUUAACGGAGCAACAGGGGGCACCCUGAGCGUACAGGCUUCAGCCGGGAGGUGGUUCAGACUUUUUUCCCUCCUUCUCCUCUCACUGCAUGUCAAGAACAGACAGACAGCCAGCAGGAGAGAGUGUGCCGAUAGACAUCUGCAGACUUCUCACCAGGUCACACACCUCAGGCUUUCUCAGUCUUAUCCACUACUUUGUUCUUGGAAGCUUUUAAAAUUCUAAUUUGUUAUUGACUGGUAAUUGAGAGCCAUUGUUUUUGGGGCAAAGACGAGAAAGAGGGUCGUCAUUGUUGCCACAGAGAGGCACACUGGCACGAGACUGAAUGGACUUGUAAAGGACUCAUACUUCUGCACGCGGUGCUGAAGUGUUUUCUGGACUCUGGCUCAUUAGGCUGCGAGCUGAUGUGUUAAAAAGAGCCUUGAUCAUGUAAAUGAGACGAUGGGCGUGAGAAGCAGAUCAGUGCGGCGUGCUGUAGCGUGUCAGGUGCUGUUUCCAAACAUGGCAAUAAGGCCGGUUGUCAUCUGUCAUCUGUCAUCUGUUGUGUUUAUUUAUUUGUAAUUAUUUCUUAUUUAUGACAAAAACACUCAUGGAAACAGGUUUACAAAAUGUCAUCAUGUAAUUGUUUGCAGCUUGGAGAAUGCAGUGAUUUUCAGGCUUUCUGUGCAUUUAAAGUUACUCCAUCCCGUGUUAAUGUGUAAUUUUUCUUUCCAGACAAGUGCAGCACCAUCAGUGGAGCAAUUUUGUGUAGAUGUGACACUGAUCUCUACUUAAAGGCAACACAUUACCUACUUUUUCCCCUGUGGCCUUCAUGCACAGUUCAAGCCUGAACAUUAAAACCAUUCAAAGACAACGAGAAUAACAUCGAUGGUGUCAUUACAGGGUAAUGGUCUGCUGGGAAACCUCGGGUCCGGGCAGUCAUGUUGACACACACAGUAACACAAGUGCAAACUGAGCAGGGCCAGACAAACAGCCUUGAAACCGACAUGCUGGUUGGGUGUUAACCCAAUCAAAUUUAUGAUUCUCACUUCACUGUCCAACAGAUGAGCUUUGCUUCGGUCCAACACACAGCCAACCCUUUCUGUCUUACAAUGCAGCAUUAUGGCACCAUUAUCAGGCUGUAGCACACCAUGUAAUGAUGGUGCUCGGCUUUCCUCUCAGCAGUCCGCAGAUUCCGCUCCAGGUGUAGUUAGAUGUGUAAAACAGGCGAAGGGAGUCAACAACACACCCAUUUUUCUUUUGCUCAGGCAAGUUUAGUGCCAGUAAUGGAGCCCAUAGGAAACCAUUACAAAGCAGCCUGGUUAUGACAGCUUAUGGAUGAUGUGUAGCUGAAUUUCUGUUGUGGGAGUUUUGGUCACAGUCAAUUAAAAAGAAGUCCCCAGUUGUUCUGUUAGACCGGUGAGAUUCAAACCUUCAUGUGGAAACGUCAUUCACGGCAUUUCUCUGUUCAUGGAACGAGAUGUGUGGAGCAUAAAUAGAGAAACCGUCCUGCUCGAUAGCUUAUUCUGUUAGGGAAGUGUUCCAGUGUUACACAAGUCAUGCGAGUCGCAUUUGUGUGCGGUGCACCUGCUCCGUGGACAAUGCAAAUGCACCCAAAAGCCUGGAAUAUUUGCCUGUGAAGAACAAGAUUUGAUAAAACAGAGAAGAAGAGUAAAAAUGAGCCCGUGACCUUUUGUAGUCGUACUGAUAAGUCACCUUUGUUACCACUCUGCUGUUUGGUGACCCCUGGGUCCCUCUAGUGGUAUCAGUUAACUAAUUCUAUCCCCUUUUUGGUGUCCUGUGUGUGCAUAUCAAAAACAGAUGAAAUGUGGGCCAAAUUAAAUCAGAUGAAUAAAAACUAUCUUCCAUAUAAAUUAAACAAGCAUAAGUGGGAUAAUAUUACAUAUAGAAAUAUCAUUAAAUAAUUAUAACUAUGUCUCUUUAAGAGCUUCAAAAAUGUUUAUAAAAAGUAAAUAAAAGAAUUGAACCUAAUCACUGUGUGACAGCCAUAAUGAAGAAUCAGAGCUUGUUUUGUUAAAAUGUAAAAUUCUCACUUUGUGUAGUUAUUUAUGAACUUUCUUCAAAAUACAUAAGGAGCUGGCUUUUCCCCGUUAAGUGACAGCGUGCUGCAUUUUCAAAUGAUUGUGCUUGGAGAUCAUCAAAAACAGCUCAGAAUACCAUUCGGAUGAGAUAUGAUUCAGCCAAGCGGAAAAUUUUAGUGGCCAGAAUGAGUAACAUUCUUCCACUCUGUGGGCUGGAUCAGACGUCUUCUUUUUUGCACUGAGGUAGUUUAUUGAUUUAACAUCCGGCAGACUUACACUGACAAACACUGUGAGGCCAUUCUGCCAUCAGCCAGCAGGUGUGUUUAUCAUGUUAGUGUAACUGUGGAGUCUGGGUUGUGCGCUUGUAAAUACAAUCAGUACAUCACAUCCUGCUGGAAUAAUGCAGGUGUUUGUGUGAAAGACGCUCUGAAACCGCUCUGUCCAAAGGUCAGAUCAGGGAGAACAGAAAAGACAGACACGUUCUGAAAGUGGCCUUUUUGUUUGACAUCCAUCCGUUUUCUUACUUGUUUAUCCAUUUCAGGAUUGUUUGACAUACAGUCGAUCGUACUUUACAUGUGGCUAAAAAUGUAGAUCAAAAUUUAUACAAAAAAACAACAACAUAAAAG